AAUCUUCAUUUCGGUUUGCUGAACCGACUUGUCCGCUAGGUGAUAAAAAGUAGAAAAUCCGCCAUUAUUCCUUCUCAGGUCUAAACAAUCAGCUGGUUUGGGGUAUACCAAUCGAAGAAAUGGCAUCGAAAUUUCUAAGUACCCAAACGGUCAAAGCCACUCGUGGCUUCGCUGCACAAGCCGCUGCUAAACCGGCCGCUACGGAAUUUUCUCCCGUUCCUCGGGAACCCGUGAAAACUACCACUCUGAGUAAUGGGAUUGUUGUUACUUCGAUUGAAACUAACGCCCCCCUUUCUCGUGUUGGAAUCGCUUUCAAAGCUGGAUCACGGAAUGAACCAUCAGGAAAAGAAGGAAUCAUUCAUCUUUUACGAAUGACAUCCAGCCUAAGUACUAAACAAUCAACCCAGUUUUCCCUUACACGUGUAAUCAAUCAGGCUGGAGCUGCUUUGACAUGCACUUCUGGUCGUGAACAUGUUCUCUACUCCGUAGAUGCAUCUCGCAAACAAAUUGAUGGAGUUCUGCCUAAACUGGCUGAUGCAGCCACUCAACAAGUAUUCAAACCUUGGGAGCUGUCUGAUAACCUUUACAAGAUUAAGCUUGAUUUGGCUGCAGUUCAGCCUGAGACACAAGUUAUUGAACUCCUUCACAAGGUAGCUUUCCGUACAGGACUGGCCAACAGUCUUUUCUGCCCCUCACAUUUGGUUGGGAAACAUACAACAGAAGUGCUGCAAAGCUUUGUGGCUGCCAAUUUGCGUGCAGACAAUGCUGCAGUUGUUGGAGUUGGUAUUCCUCACGAUCGCUUGGUCGCAUACGCCCAAAGUUUGGCUCUUAAAGCUGGUCAGUCUUGCUCGGGGGCUCCUUCGAAAGUACACGGAGGAGAAGUACGUGUGGAUACGAGCAGUUCUUUAGCAUAUGUGGCUGUAGCUGCUCCCGGAGCUUCUCUGGCUGACACGAAAGCCAUGGUUGCAUUUGCUCUUCUUCAGAGAGCAUUGGGUGCAGGAAUCCCAGUUAAAUAUGGUUCUGGAGCAGGAUCAAAACUAAACCAAGCAGUGUUGGGUGCUGGUGCAGUUUCUUCCUUGAAUUUGAACUACUCCGAUGCUGGUCUAUUUGGGUUCGUGGCCGCUGCCCCAGCCUCAGAUGCCGGCAAAGUUGUUUCCGCCGCUACAAAAGUUUUGCGAUCAGCUUCAGUCAACGAAAGCCAAUUGAGCCGUGCAAAAGCCCAACUUAAAGCCGACUUGUUGAUGGCCAAAGAGAACACUGGUGUGUUAGUUGAAGAGUUGGCUCUGCAAGCGCUUCUCAACCGGGCUGAUCUUCUUUCUACUGUCGAUAAUGUUUCAAUUGCUGACGUCAACGCUGUAGCUUCCCGGUUGGCUUCUGCCAAGCUAACUGUCGCUGCCAUUGGAAACCUGAGCAACGUCCCGUUUGUCGAUGAAUUAUAAAAUUUUGAAUAGGUCUCUGAAUUAUAAUGUAGUCUAUAUCUAUAUUUGCACAGUGGCCCAUUAGAAAAUAUCCAGAUCGAACGGUUAAUCAUUCUUAAGAGCUGAAAGAAUACACGUGCCCUGUACAGAA